UAUGGCUAUGGAUAAACUAACACUCCUCAUAGCUUAUUGGAGGCAGAGCUUGCCUUACUGCAGGGUUUUAUCCAAGGGCCAUAAGGGAAUGUGGAUUUGCUGGGGAAACAGGGCCACGAUGCAUUAUUCGGAGUGAGAUAAGAAAGCCUGGCAUGUCUAAGCCUAUUAAAGUUGUCCAGUACCAUAUUAAUACAGAAGAACUAUAUUCCUAUCUAAUUGAAUUUAUUCACAUGCUUUAUUUCAGGCACCUGUUGGUGAAUCCCAGAGAUCGCCGGGUUGUUUUGAUAGAAUCUGUGCUGUCUCCCUCACACUUCAGGGAAACACUUACACGUGUUCUUUUCAAAUAUUUUGAGGUUCCCUCAGUGCUCUUUGCUCCAAGCCAUCUCAUGUCACUUCUAACCCUUGGGAUAAACUCAGCCAUGGUGUUGGACUGUGGAUAUGCAGAAAGCUUAGUGCUACCUAUAUAUGAAGGAAUUCCAAUCCUUAGCUGCUGGGGAGCUCUUCCUAUGGGAGGCAAAGCGAUUCACAAAGAGCUGGAAUCACAGUUGUUGGAGGAGUGCACGGCCAAUACAGGAACAGCCAAGGACCAGAGCCUGCCUUCUGUAAUGAGCAGUAUUUCAGAAGAAAUAGUGGAAGACAUUAAAGUGCGUAUCUGCUUUGUGAGUGACCUCCAAAGAGGGCUAAAACUUCAAGCUGCAAGAUUUAAUCUGGAUGGCACUGCCGAGCGCCCCAUACCACCACCUGAUGUUGACUAUCCUUUGGAUGGACAAAAGAUUUUGCAUGUUAAAGGUUCUAUCAGGGAUUCAGUUGCAGAACUGCUUUUUGAGCAGGACAAUGAAGAGAAAUCAGUUGCUUCCUUAAUACUGGAUUCACUUGUUCAGUGCCCAAUAGAUACAAGGAAACAGCUGGCUGAAAAUCUGGUGAUUAUAGGAGGUACCGCUAUGUUGCCUGGAUUCCUUCACCGGCUUAUGGCAGAGAUACACUACUUGGUGGAAAAGCCAAAAUACAAAGAAACUCUGGCUACCAAGAUCUUUAAGGUUCAUACUCCCCCUGCAAAGCCAAACUGCGUGGCAUGGCUUGGAGGGGCUAUUUUUGGAGCUCUGCAAGAUAUCCUGGGCAGUAGAUCUGUGUCUAAAGAAUAUUACAACCAGACAGGCCGAAUACCUGAUUGGUGUUGCCUGAAUAAUCCACCUCUUGAGAUGAUGUUUGAUGUUGGCAAGUCCGGACCCCCGAUGAUGAAAAGAGCCUUUUCUACCGAGAAGUGAUCCCUUUCCUUUUCUCGCCAAACCUAGCUUUGCUUAAAGAAGAGACUGAAUUCUUUCUUGGAAAGACGGAUAUUUAUUAUACGUUUACAAAACUGUAAUUGUUCUCACUUUAAAGCUGCCACGCCUUGGGUUUAAUGUUGCCAUCUUUUAUUUGUUUUACCUCUAUAGAUUAGAUUAAUCAUAUUUUCACAAAUGGUUCUUCUAAUCCAGUGCUGAUCAAUUUAUUACACGUUGUGGACUGACUAUUUCUCAUAUAGCAUGUUCAAGGCCCAAUUGAUUUAAAUGAUGAUGUCAUACAGUGAGUGUUUGGAACCACUUAGCAGACUGGGGGCCAUAAAAUGCCCUGGGGGGCCACAUCAGGCCCACAGACCUCCAGCUGGGCAGCCUUGAGCUAAUCCAAGAAUGUCCUGCUUGUGCUACAAAUCCCUAAUCAACCCGCUGGGGAGAAUUAGAGUUGUAGUGCAAGGACAGCUUGCGGGCAGAAGCCAGUAUUCUCUACUAUUUUAUGUAGGCUUUGGACAAACAUAUUAUUUUGUGCAACUUUUUAGAAGCAAUGUGCUGAAUAUGUGCAGUUUAAGGGACCCUAAUACUUUGGAAAUUGUCACAUCAUAUUGUACUGUUAGUUUUAUGUAGUGGUGCCUGGAUAUUGAACAUUGUGACACACGGCUUGGGGGAAACACUGGCAGCAACAUAGAUAUCUCUAUAAAACACAUUCCUUGUUAGACACAAUUGUCUUAUCAAACACUAACUCAAAUACAUUGCAUAUAUAAUAUUGAUACAAAUGUAUUUCAUCCCCAUGUUUUGCAGCUGGUUAAUUUAGCCAUAAUAAACUUCAGUGCAGCACACAA